AUGUCUGAAGAAAACACUGCAGGAUGUGAUAGUGAACAGCAGGAGACUGCAGAGGAAUCCAAGCGUCUCUCUGCAGACAUGUACUACCAGUAUGAGGAGCUUCACUCCAGACCAUACAUCACACCUGACUCUGAAAUCCCAGAGAACCUCCUGCACCUCUCUCACACCUUUGGCUAUGACAGCGGGCGCAGGGCGAACCUGCAGCUGCUGGAUGACAGAACUCUGAUCUUUAUAGCAGGCAACCUGCUCAUCCUGCUGGAUGUUUCCACCAAGGAGCAGAGGUACCUCCGCUCCUGCAGUGGAGGAGGAAUCGGGUCCAUCACGGCACACCCCAGCAGGCAGUACUUUGUUGUGGCAGAAAAGGGAAACCAGCCUGACAUCAUACUCUAUGAAUAUCCAUCGUUACGACCGUACCGCAUUCUCAGAGGCGGUACAGAGCAGGCGUACAGUUUUGUGGAUUUUAACCGUGACGGGAGUCUGCUUGCCAGCGUGGGCGGCGCACCCGACUACAUGCUGACGCUGUGGGACUGGAGGCAGGAGGUGGUGAUGCUGAGCUGCAAGGCUGUUUCUCAGGAGGUGUACCGAGUCAACUUCUCCCCGUUCAACCCGGGACUGCUCACAUCAUCAGGAUCUGGACAUAUCAAGUUCUGGAAAAUGGCCAGCACCUUCACAGGUCUCAAACUGCAAGGGCUUAUGGGACAUUUUGGGAAAACUCCAGGGACUGAUAUUGAGGGCUACGUGGAACUACCUGAUGGAAAGGUGGUGUCCAGUACACACUGGGGCAACUUGCUGCUGUGGGACGGAAACGCCAUCAAGGUGGAGAUCUGCCGUAAGGAAGGGCGGAACUGCCAUGCGGGGAGCGUCCAGCCGUUUGCGCUGGAGGACGGACAGCUGAUGACAUUCGGCAGUGAUGGAGUGAUUAGGGGCUGGGACUUCGAGAGCAUCGACACCGCCGACAGUAGCAACGAUAGCAACAGGUUUGAGUUGGAACCCAUGAAUGAGAUGGUGAUCGGACACAACGUCCACCUCUCCUCUGUGGUGAAGAGCUCCACGCCUGACUCCUUCCUCUGUUUUGCUCAGGAUUCCAGUGGAGCCAUUUGGAAACUGGACCUUUCAUUCACCUACACAACUCCUGAUCCAGAGUGCGUGUUUUCCUUCCACGCCGGAGCCAUCCAGGGCAUGGAUGUGUCGAGGAAAAGCCACCUGAUGGCCACGACCACUCUGGAUCGUUCAGUCAAAGUCUUUGACUUUCUGGCAAAAAGAGAGCUGACCACCAGCCGCUUCAAUCAGGGCGGAACCGCACUCUGCUGGGCUCCACCUUUGGUGAACCAAAGGGGAGGAUUACUGGUGACGGGCUUUGAGGAUGGGGUGGUCCGCUUACUGGAGCUGUAUGAUCCUCAGAGACUACACGUUGUCACUGGACGCACCCCCAAAGGAGAUGCUAAGCUGCGCCUCAAACAGGCCUUCAAACCCCAUAAUGCCCCUGUGACUGUUGUUGCAUAUGAGCGAAAUGGAGACAUCUUAGCCACAGGGAGUUCCGACUGCACUGUGUUCUUUUUCACCGUUGGGGAAAAAUACAACCCCAUCGGUUUUGUCCGUGUUCCCGGGCCAGUGCAGGCGCUGGAAUGGUCGCCUCAUUCCCACAAUGAAAACAGGCUGCUCAUCCUGUGUCAGACUGCUCACGUGGUCGAGGUCGAAAGUCCUGAUCCCGAGGCCCAGAAGCCGGACAAAACCUUCCAGCUGCCCGAGCUGCCCAGCAGAUCCUUCCGGUUUAGGAGCAUCAAGUCUAGAAUCAAGAGAGACGAGGAAAUCGCAAGACGUCAAGCCGUAAAGGAGAAGAAGGCGAAAGAGAGGGAAGAACGGUUAAAACAGUCGAAGCAGCCGGAGCUAGAACUAGAAGAAGAAGAGGAGGAGGAAGAGGAAGAGUUGCCCGCUAUUUACAUCCCUGACCCUCCAAGUCCUCUCUACUGUGGCUUCUACUCACAGUCCGGACAGUUCUGGCUAUCCUUGGGAGGCUAUGACUCAGGUUUCUUGUAUCACUGUAAGUUCUCUGAGAAGCAGGAUGAGGAUCCAGACCAGCGGCAGGAUGAACCCUUUGCCUUCCUGCCUCUCCAAAACACAGACAAAAACCCCAUCCGCUCCAUCACCUUCAGCUCCAACAGGCAGCUGCUGCUCUGUGGCAUGCACUCAGGGUCCAUCAGGAUUUACCCUCUGGAGUCCGGCGACCACAACCUCACCUCCAUGCAGGCCUACUGGGAACUGAGCGUCCACGACAACCACUACGGACAGCUGCGGCACAUCCGCUGUAGCCAUGACGACCUCUUUGUGCUUACGGUGGGAGACGAUGGGAACAUCUUCUCCUUCAGCCUGCUGCCUCCAGAGGAACUACAGAAAAGUCUGCAGAGAAAGAGGGCCAAGGUUCCUUCACCCAGGGUGGGUCUUGAGAAUGAGGCGUUGGCUCAGGACAUUGAGGACCCAGCAGCUUACAGCAUAGAGACGGCUAAGCAGAAGUUGGAGAAGGACCGUCUGCGUCGUGAGGUCGAGCUGAAGAUUCAAGCAAAGAGAAAAAAGCUGACUGAGCUCCAGAAGACGUUUAAACAGCUGCUCAACGACAACCAGAGUCUGGAGGAGCACGUUCGCCUCACACCUACGGAGCUGCAGUUGGACCAACGUUUUAAUGAACAGGCAGAGAGGUUAAAGGCCCAGCGGGUGAGAGAGGUCAAAAAACAACUGGCCUGGGAGGUGGAGCACUGCUGCAUAGCACUCAAAAAACUACAAGACUGGUUCAGGGAUGCUUUAGAGUCCAGAGUAGUCACUGUGGUCGCCAUCGGCACCAACCACAGAAUCUCCACCUACCGCCUGCCAGCACUUGCUGGGCCUUCAGCCUGGCUUAGACAGCAGAGCAAACCUGGCUGGACCGACGGAGACGAAGCAGCUGCACAAGAACACAGAAGGUCCAGAGCUGAGCAUUCAAAAGACAGCGACGAAUUAGAAGAGGAGGCAGUGCUGCGUCCCCCUCCGGCUCGUCCAGCGAAGAUCAAGCUGGGAGAUCGGCAGGUGGAGAGGCUCCGAAAGGCUGCAGAGAAAGCCGAACAAGCUCGAGCCAAGAUAGAGAAGAGGAAGCAGGAAUGGGAACAACUAUACACAGAGAAGCCAAAGGAGGACUGCGAGGAUCCGCAGGACGUGCUGGCCAUCUGUGAAGCCAGAGAGACCAUUGGAGACUUAAAACUGAAGUCAGCUAAAGACUUCACAGUGCCGAAACGCUUGAGGAUGAACACAGAAAAGAAGAUAGCUGAGAUGAUAGCCAUGGAGGAGAAGAUCCGUGAGAAACAGACUGCGAUGAACGGACGGAUCAUGACGUUGUGGGAUUCCAAGGUUCGCCUGGUGUCUCGGUUGCAAGCUCAGGCUCGGCAGCUGCAGAAGAUCCGGCAGCAUCUUGAGGCGCAUCUUCACUCACCUCUACCCGCUCUGCCCGCUAUCCUACCAGAGGAAACCCCGGAGAAGAGGCUGCGCUACAGCCGCAAAACCCUGGAGAGAUACCAGGUUCUGAGGAAACAGAGGUCUCGGUCAGUGGAGCAGGAGGAGCAGGAGGGAGUUGGGGGUUUGUUGGAGCAGCUGGAGAAAGAGAUGGAAGGAGAGAAGGAGGAAGAAGAGGAUGAGAGAGGGGAGGAGGGGACACCCCGCCUAUCACCUUCAUUUGUAACCAUAGAGGCAGAGGAGACAGCUGUGGAGGGAGGAGCAGAGCUGAGCGAGCUGGAGGAGGAGCUUCUGAUGGAGAAGGAGAUCAAACUGUUGCACAUGCAGGACUCUAUAAUGGAGGAGAUGGAGAGCUCCGAGUGUGAGUUUGAUGCCAAGCUCCUGCUGCGUCACGACAAGCUGCAUCUGGACUGGCAGCUGAAGCUGGCCGACCUCCGUCAGCUGAUGCUCUACCAGGAGCUGCUGCUCCUCAAGGAGGUGGACAGGAGAGAGGGGAUCUUGCAGGAGAAUCUCAACGCUCGCAUGAAGGAGGAGAAGGGCAUCACGUCUAAGCUGGAGGAGUGCAAUGAACAGCUGGAACAUAAGCGCAGAGACAUAGCCAAGGUGCAGGAGAGAGAGAAGGCUCUGGCUGCAGCCUUCCAGAACUCCCUGGGCGAAGAGAACAAGUUUGAAGAGUUUCUAACCAAAGUCUUCAGGAAGAGGAUCAAACGUGUGAAGAAGAAGGAACCGACAGGAGAUGAAGUAGAGGAGGAGGACAGCGAUGAAGACUCAGACUCAGAUGAUGACUGGGAUGAUGAUGAUGAUGAUGAUUAUGACAGCGAGACAGAGGAGGGAGGAGUUCCUUUGGAUGACAGCGUUUGCCCUCUAGGCUGUGACCCUGAGUUGUUCGAGAACACGCUGCAGCUGCGUGAGCGUCGGCUGGACCUGGAGGAACUGCUGGCGGAGGAGAAGAAGAGUGCUGAAGCUCUGGAGAAGGAGCGUGAUACCCUCAUUAUAAAGGGGAAAUCAGUGAAAAGCGGUCGAAAGGCAGCAGAGGCAGACUUGGAGUUAGUCAACAGGGAGAAACAGCAGAAACUUAAUGAACUGGAUGUGGUGAUUCCUUUCAGACUACACCAGAUUGAGUUUGUCGUUGACGGUUCGGUGCCAUCCGACCUGACCCCGACUUUAGUGCUGACCCGGGAGGAGCUGAGCCGGCUGGAGGAGCGUGCAUCGCAGCUGAUGGCGGAGAAGGGUGAGCAGAAAGAGCUGUACCAUCAGGCCCGUCAGCAGCACGUCAGGCUCAUCCACGACCGAAAGGACAUGGAUGUUGAGAUGCAGGUGCUGGAGAAGCAUUGCCAUGACCAGAUGAUGAUGAAGUUUGGGAGGAUGGUGGAUCUGGAGGCUCUGCAGACGCUGUCAGGGAACAGGACGCUGGAGGAGCUCAAGCAGGAAAAACUCCUCCAGGAAGACGCAUGCGCCAAGGAAAUCAAACAGUGGGAUGCGAAGGUAGAAGAAGGACAUCAGGCUCUGAUGGAGGUGACCAAGUGUAACACAGAGUGUCUCUUCAGCUUGACAUCGCUCUUCGAGGAGAAGAAGGAACUGGAGCAUAAACUCAACGCCAGGCAGAAGAAUAUUGGCAGACAGUUGCAGGAUUUCAGCAGGUGUGUGGACCAGGAGGAGAUGUGGAGGCUUCAGGAGUUGGUAAAAGCACAGUCCCAGCAGAUCGAGGCUCUCAGCAGAGAGAUUGGCCUCUUGUCCCGUAAAGGAGGCCAUGUCCUGCCAACCGGUCAGGCUCCACUCCCCCCGCUGGCCCCUCUGUCCACCCCACAGUCCACACCCACAGUGUCAAAACCAGUUACAGCACAGAAAUCACCCAGCAGGCAGGAAGCUAAUUAA